CCCGGCCCCGGGGCUCGCACCUUCCGCCGGCGCGUGCUCCUCCCCGCGCGGCCGCUCCCCCUCUCUCGCCCUGUGCCCGAUUGUCCCUUCCCUGCGCGCCAGGUGCCUAGUAGGGACUCUCAGGACGUGGCCUGCAGAGACUGCAGCACCCUGGGUUAUCCCCAGCCCCGCCCCUCUGCGCCCUGCAUGGCUUGCAGUGACUGUACCACCGUGGGUUGUCCCCAGCCCCUGCGCUCUGCGCUCCGCAUGGCCUAAAAUCUCAAAUCAGCCAUUGAUUCAAAUGUUCAGCAAUACUGCAGAUGGGAAAUUCACAGAAUUGUAUAUGGAUGGUAACUGCGAAGCUCUGUCCAUAAUCCACCUCUGGAGUUAAAUUAGAAUGUGCUGUCCAGAAGUCAUUGCCCUUUUUCUGCUUUAGGGAUUCCUUCUGUGAUCAGGUCCUACUGUAUUUAUAAUCCAGGAACAAGUGUAAACAAUGGAUGAUGACUUCACUAUUUCCCUCACACCUCCAUACCUCACUGAAAGCUUAGAGAUGGCUAUGGAAGUGGAAAAGGAGAACUCCAGACCCCCUUGUUUUUCCUGUGCUUUAGACAAUCGAGAUGGAGGGAGAAAUUUUUCUGUAGAGUCUCAUCUAGCAAGCGGGUCUCUUAAGAGGCUUUUGCUGAGACUGGAUCCUUCUCCAACUGACUAUGAAGAAGAUACAGUGGAAAUAUUUGGCUUUCAUUGGGUUACUGAAAUUGCGUUAGUUGAAUCCUGUAGACUUCUCUUUGGUUUACUUAGGCAACACGUACACAAAUUGGAAAACCUAGUACAGAUGAGUUCAUCAGACUUUGGUCAGGCUGCAAACCUACACUCUGAAGCAGGCAAGAUCAGACAUCAGUGUAUUGCAUUUCUGAAUUAUGUGAAGGUGUUCAUCUUCAGAUACCUGGAAUCACACAAAACAGAGAAUGAUGGGCUACUUCAUCCAUAUGAAGAACUGGAAGUACAGCUCCCUUCAGUGCUGGUUGAGGAGCUUCAUGCCUUGACCUUACAUAUUGGACAUCUGUAUGAACUCCCAAGUAGUGUCCUGGGAGCAUUUACCAUUCAACAUCAGGCAAAGCUGUUUCCUCCAUCGUGGCAUUUACUUCAUCUCCACUUGGAUAUCCAUUGGCUAGUGCUGGAAAUUCUUCAUGUCCUAGGCGAGAAGAUGCUGCGACAAAUUGUGUAUGCUCACCAAUUCAUGAACCUAACGGGAGAAAAUUUAACCAAUAUCAGUUUAUUUGAAGCCCACUGUGGAAACCUCUUCUGCGAUCUGAUAAGCUUGUCAAUCAACAAAUAUACGAAGGUUAGACCAUCAGAGGCUCUAAUUAGUCACCACUAUCCUUGUAGUUGCAUUAAGGAAUUAUGGGUUCUGCUUAUUCAUCUGCUGGACCACAGAAAUAAAGGGUCUCAUACAGAGUCUUUUUGGAGCUGGGUGAAUAAAUUUCUGAAGAAAGUCUUUGAAAGAGCCAGUACUGCAGAAGGGAUGUCUGUUUUUGAGCCAGUGCAGUGCAAAGAUCCAUUAAGUUUUAGCUGGUGGAUUAUUACUCAUCUGGCAUCACUUUACCAGUUUGACCGUAACGGAAAUGUAGAGGAAAAGAAACAAGUAGAAUCCAAUUGGAAUUUUGUGGAAGAACUGCUGAAAAGGUCCAUUGAUGCUCAAGCUGCUGUUUUAGAGCAACAGAUACGAAUGCAUCUUCAGUGCUGUUUGACUCUGUGUAGCUUCUGGGACUUUAAUCUACCUACUGUCACUAUACUCUGGGAGUAUUACAGCAAGAAUCUGAAUAGUUCCUUCACCAUUCCAUGGCUUGGUCUAGAGGAUCUGACAAGUGUUAGUAAAACUCCUUUGUCUAUGUUCAAAUUGGUGAAAAGCUGCUGUUCUGACCAGCAGAGCCCUGACCUGUAUAAGUCCAGCAACAGUUACCUAAUUUUUCUCUGUAUUUUGGCACGAAUGAUGAAAGAAGCAAUGGAGAACAACGUAACCCACCCUUGGAAACAAAUUAAAGGAAGAAUUUAUUCCAAGUUCCAUCAGAAAAGAAUGCGAGAGCUGUCAGAGGUGGGGCUGCAGAACUUCUUUAAUCUUUUCCUUGUGUUAGCGGCUGUUGCAGAGACAGAGGACAUUGCAAGUCGGGUGUUGGAUCUCCUGGAUUUUCUCAGCCCAACCUCCAUCAGCACUUCUCAGAGAGCUCUCAUUUGGAAAGGCUACUUUGCCUUCCUUUUGAUGUACAUUGAGAAGAACAUGGACAUCAGCAUUCUAGCUAAGAAACUUUCACAUGCUUUCUGUGAAAAGGCAAAGGAGUUUUUGAUAACCAAGAAUGACCACACACACAAACAAAAUCUAUGGACACCACUCUCCACUUACAUUGAUGGUGUCCAAGAAGUGUUUGAGACCAGCUGCCACUUGAACCUUUCCCAGGAAAAGUUGUUGAACGAUGGAUUUAGUAUGUUGCUCCCGGCUUGUCGAGGAACUGAACUCAACAUGGUCCUAAACUUCCUGCAGGUUGUUCUGUCCAGACUCAAGAGUGUGCACAAACGUGUGAACCAGGGACCUCAGCUAGGGAACACAAGCCCAAACACACAACUUCCAUUAGUGGCUAAAGAGCACCACCUUGCUGUUGCCAGUGCUCUCUGGAGAAAUUUUUUUCCCUUCUUGAAGAGCCAAAGGAUAUCACAGACACUGCCUCCUCCCCAGCUUGCAGAUACAGCUGCAGGUUUUACUCUGUUAGCUUUGGACAUGCCCUGUACAGCUCCAUCAGAUCUCCAGCCACAGCCUGUUUUAGCAAUGAUGCAAUUGUUUGGAUGGGAUGAUAUGGUGUGUCCCCAGCUGGUAUCACGAUAUCUCAGCCAUCUAAUACAAAACAGCGCAUUGUCUGAAACUUUUUCUGGUAUGGGACAUACAUCCUAUGAAGCCUUGUCAGUACGUUCUUGGUUUCGAUGCAUUUUACAAAUGUACAUUGAUCAGCCUACUGGUACAUUGACCAGGACAGAUGUUGAGCGAACAGUUGGGAAAGUUUAUGUGGAGCAGCUGACUGAAAUGACACGGCUGGUUUUUAAACUCUCAGAAGUAGAAAACAUCUUCUCAAAGGCACAUUUGGAUGAGUCAAUCUUCAAGCAAGACCCUAAGAAUGCUCUUGUCCAAUUCAUUAAGGCUGUUGGUGUAACUUACAGCGGCCUUCAGACUGUAGCUGAGAAAUCUGCCAUGGUAACAAAGACUUUGGAAUAUCUUGGUGACGUGGUAAAAUAUGUAAAACCUUAUUUGCAGAAGAAAGGACCUGCUGAAGGCCUGCAGCUCACUUACUCGAUUAUAGGAGGCCUUGUAAAGUCCUGGGCACCAAUACUGGCAACUUCGAAAGCACAACAGCUUUUGUUCCGCAUCAUAGAUAGCUUGCUAUUGCCGCUUGCUGUGUUUCAGCAAGACAAAGAGCUGCCUGCCGUUAUGCUGUCUGCCGUUCGGGAAAAUCUUCCUCUUUAUCUUCAGGUGAUUGACAGAUAGAUGGAUGAAUCAGAAGAAAGAAGCAUUUCCUGGCACAAAGAGUCACUGCUGUUAGUGCACACAGGAAUCUAUUGCCACUCUGCUUAAGUGAGGAGAUGAUGCUGGCAUGCACUUCUCCUCAGGAGACUUUUUUUCUUUCUUUAGAAGAUGCCUGAAAAACAUGACAAAAGUGGAGAAAAAUAAGGCAGCCUUUAUCAACAUUCUCUGUAAUGACUAUCUGCUGUAUAAAGAAGGUCUGUGUGUCUGAAAUGGCUGAGGUCAAACCUCCAGUCCAAAAUGCAGGCAGCUGCAGUGUAGCAAUGUAGGUUAGUCCUCUCCUUCACACGAGAGGGCAGGUUCCCAGCUAACUUCUGACAGGAUCUACCAAAAGAAGAUAGUACCCCUCCUUGUAUUUGCUUCCUAGGCCACUGGUGACAUGAACAUUUCUCCAAGUCACCUUACAGAGCUUUUGCUCAGUCCACUUUGCCACUUAGGAUAUGGAGCUGGCAAAAUACCUCAGUGAAGCCAAAGUCUCUGAUGCUACUGCAUCAACUCUCUAUCUUGGCCUCCAUGGAGAUCUUGCCUUCUCUAAACGCUAUAAGAGCAAGAAGUACUCUUGGUCACCAAACAAAGAGCCCUAUAUUGCACAACAAUUCUGACAUGCCUUUGUGUGCAAAAAAGAAAUCCAAGCUUCUCUCUCAGAAGGUUUGAGGAGGCAGAGGAAAUUUAUUCAUCAUCCUCUUCAGGGUCUGAUGACUCGUCUCUGAGGCACUUUAAAGAAGAGGACAUGAGCCACCUAAUAAGAUCAGUGCCCAAGACUUGACUGAGGAUUCUGCUACUACAGAGAAGUGUUUUUCCUGAUUCUCAUAAAAAGAAAGGUGUUUUCACACUAUUUCCAAUCUAGAAUAAAGGUCUGUGAGACGGAAGAACCGUGCGGGGGAAGUUUAUCACCCAUGAGGCGCUAAACUUCCCUGCCAAAAAGCAUAAUACCCUCCUCUGAGGAGAAAAAUGGUCUGGGGGCCUUUCUAAAAAUAGAUUCCCAUAUUACUGGGUGAUCUACAAAAUCAUGUACGUCUUUUGAAGAGGUAGCUUUAUCUGAUCCAUCAAACAGGAAAAUGGAAGCAUCUUUAGAAAGGUAUUUGAUUCAGGAAUGAAAGGCUUCAGCACAAUUCUGAAUAAAUCUUUUGUCACCAGAGUUCUUUUUGUUUGGGUGUCAAGAUAGAUAGCUCUAUAAAAUAAUUAAAGAAAAAUUAAAAGUAACUUAAAUCGUAUUAUUUUGGCUAAUGAUGACCUAGAAUCAGGGAUGCUACUUCAACUUUGUCAACUUUUUUGUUAAAUUUUUAGCCAGUGGAGUAUGUGUCUGAAUUUCAGAACAAUCGCUUCUGUCCCUGUCAUUCAGUGAAGGCACACUUUUUGGUAUUGUCUUUGUUAGGAUGGCUAAAUAUGUUUAGGAGCAGAAUUACCCAUUUCCUAAGAAUAAGAAAACAUACCAUCAGCCGAGUGGAUUAUUUCGGUCUUUUCACCUGACUGCUCGGAGAAUUUGCCUUGUUUCUCUCGAGCUCUAAUCCUUUAAUAAUAAUGUUGUUGUUGUUGUUAAUACUAUUAUUUCUUUAACCUAUGGAAAGGAGAAGCUGUAAACAAGUGUAUCCUAUACACCCAAGUUAUGUGAUGUUCUUCCUGUCCCUCAGCUCAGCUAGAUGAAUGUCUUUUCUCUCCUGUUUCUAGUGUUGAAGCAUUCAGGAGACUUGCGAGUAGUCUUAGAUUGCAGGUAGCUGUGCUAGUUUUUGGAAUAAAGGAAAUUCAAUAUGGAAUCCCUUAAGUCUUAUUAACGCUGUGCCACAAGAAGUAAUCUUCCAUGUACAUCUAGUGCAGCAUCUCAUCAGAAGAUACAAGACCAUAAUAAAUAAGCUUCAAUAACAACCUGCAUGUAUUUCACACUUAAAACAUUCUUUCAGUGGUGUUUGAGUUAUCCUCAGGCAACAUCUAUCUGUCAGACAGGUCCUUAAGCUCCUUGGUUCUUGAGUUUCUGGAUUUCUCUCUUUCCUGACAAUAGAACCAAAACAUCUAUUCUCCAGAAAAAUAACUCUCAAUUCCAGAAAAUAUUAAGAAGCCUCCCAACUUGUUUGAUCAACGUAUUAGUGUGUGAAUUCCAAGGAAGUUUAUUUUUCUGGUUUCUGAGUGCACUCUUCAUUAUGAUACUUUGUGACAGGAAUAGGGCUUCUUUUUUUCCCUCUGACUCAUCCUUCUUCCUGUCAGUCACCAGUGAAAGGAGGAGGACCUAUUGGGAUGGACCUACUCUCACAGAAACCUAUUAUACGUAGGAGAUUUUUUUUUUCCCCACAGUUACAUGUAUACAUUAAUUUAACUAAACACAUUAUUCAGCUCACUCAUUGGGCAGACAUUUGCUGCCUAGUUUAUUCACUGUGUUUUACAAUGGAUUUUGCUUUUUUGAGUUGGUAAUGUUGUAACCAAAAACAAUCAGGCUCUACAUUGCUACAAUUUGUUUUACAUAUCUCUAAUGAUUUUUCACCUUACUCUGUAAAAUAAACCACCACUAGGAAAGAGGCAGCAAGAAGCAAUAAUGAAUUAUUGCAUAGUCUCUUGAUACCACAAUCAUGAGCUCCUUUAGGGAGCUAACUUUAUUCUGAUAGUUGCCACUGGAAUGACUCUAAUUUCUUUUUGCUGCUUUUAAUUUGUGUGUGUGUGUGUUUGUAUUUUAUGUCCAAAAUUAGAGCUAGUCUAAUUUUUCAUUGGAAAAGAAAUGGCCUUUUUCAAAAGUUGUUACAUUGAAAUUUUUCAUUUUUUGUAUUAAAAAAUAAUAAUAGAGACAUCAUUUACCAUUUUUUGUCUUGGGUUUUGGUAAAUAAUAUUUCAAUAAGUUUUGUUUAAACUCAAUUUUAAAAAAAUAAGUGAAACUCUUUAAAAUAAAAACUUUGAAAUUUC